AUGGAGAGGGUGAAUUGCAAAGAGGAACCACUGUUCAACUCCAAGGACUCUCAUUCACAAGUUAAAGAUGACGAUGCCUAUCAUAGAUUGGUGGAAAAUUUGAAGGAUACAUGGCCUUUCAGUUUGUCUACCUUCAAAACCUACAAGUGCCAACACUGCAGUUAUGCUACUGCUGUUCACAGCGACUUUAAGCUGCACCUAAAAAUGCAUCCAGAGGAAAGACCAUUUAUGUGUAAAGAGUGCACUAAGACAUUUAAAACCUUGGAUCAUUUGCAGAAGCACAGCCUUGUUCACAUAAAGAAUGGUUAUACGUUUGGGCAUUGCUUCUAUAUAGACAGCCAUUUAGAGAAUCAGGAAUUGCAUCAUGAAAUGCAUGUAAGUAUGUGUCCAGAGAGAGAUUUUGAUUCCUCAGAAGGUUCAGACCCCAUCCAUUCCUUGUUUGGUUCGGAAGUCUGCGGAGAACAACCAGAUGUCCAGAGGGGCAAAAUAAAUGAUUUGUUAGCACAAAGUCAGCCACCUUUCUAUCAUUGUGCCGAGUGCGACUAUGCUACUUACAUUUUAAGCAACCUUGAACUACAUGUGAGAACUCACACAGGUGAGAAACCUUACAGCUGCAGCAUUUGCCUGAAGAAGUUUCGUACUUCCAGUCACCUGAAAAGACACCGAGUCACGCAUUUUAAUAUGGAUUAUCUCAAGUGCAGCAGCUGUGACUUUUCAACAAACAAAUGGCUGUCCUUGAAACGGCAUCUGGCUUCACACGCUUGUGAGGAAAGCUCAUCUACUGGCAGUCCCUACCAACAAAUGCAGCUACCUGUCAAAACAUACACAUGUGAAGAGUGUGGCUAUUGCACAGCCCACAAUGGAAACCUGAAGCUCCAUUUGAGGAUUCAUACAGGGGAGAAGCCGUUCAAGUGCGGGCAGUGCGCUCACGCCUUCCGCACAUCCAGCCACCUCAAGCGCCACUUACUGACUCAUUUGAAGUUCCACUGCAGAAGGUGUAGAUUUUCCACAGUAGAUAAACGUGCUUUCCAAAAGCAUGUAAAGACACAUAAAAAAAAAUACAAGUGUGAAAAGUGUAAUGUGACACUGCCUACCAGAAGACUUCUGAAAAAGCACGAGCAGCAACAUAAGCUUGCAAAUUGCAAACUGGUCCUUGGUUCUGGAGGGGUUUGUGUGCCCUGA